AGUGGACAGUCCAGGGCAGUGUUACUGUUGGAGGGUAAGAAGGCAGGUGGAUCGGCUGAAAUAUCUAGUUCUUCACGCUCUCUGGAGAAGAAGGUAGAUCACAGGGGAACAAAUCAUUUACUCACUGUUCUUCAAGCUUUUUGAAAAUGGUCAACUCUAGAAGUGUGUUACUGCUGGUCUGCACAGUCUUGGUGGUUGGGGCCAUCUGUGGAUCAGACGCUCGCCAAGAUGGAAAGAGACGACCGUGCUGCGUUGCAGUCACCAACCUCGAUAUGAGUGCUGAGGUGGUGGGGGAAACAUAUCGUCAGCAGGCCGCAACACCACCUUGUGUGAAGGCUAUAAUUUUCAACACAGAAUAUGGACCGCUUUGUGCUGAUCCAAACGCUCAGUGGGUCAAAGAUCGUACUCGUCAUCGUCAUCCUGGAAGGAUACCACCGUGCUGCCCUGCAGUCACCAAAGGCAAUAAGAGAGAUGACGUGGUGGGGGAAACGUAUCGUGAGCAGGCUGCAACACCACCCUGUGUGAAGGCUAUAAUUUUUAACACAAAAGAUGGACAACUUUGUGCUGAUCCAGACGCUCAGUGGGUCAAAGAUCUCACUGCCAACAUGAGGAAGGUGUGAAGUCUGUCUGCAGCAUCAGUAUUUCCAGUAUUUCCAU